GCGUAACUUCGUUCUUGCCUUCACGCGUCGAUUUAUCAAAUACCCUCCAGGAGCCUCAGGUUGCCCAGAACCCGAAUUCGAGAGCCGUCUCCACAGAAUUUUCUUAGUUGAAAAACGAACGGUAGUCCCGCGACUUUCUACGCAUACACCUAUGGAGCCUUUCACCGAGGAACACUCUAAACUCCUUUUGAGCAAGGAGUGGCUUGUAAAAGUCGAUUCUUCGACAUCGACGCCUUAUCUCUUCAAAUUCUACUACUCAACGGUAGACCUCGUGUGCUAUGUCCUGUUCACAGAUACCAAGUCUACAUGGGCCGAAGUACUCACCGGCAAUCAGUUCGCCCGAAGGUGGCGCGCCUGCAACACCUCUCGCGCCCCACCAGUCUAUGAAGAUGAAGACGAAGAGGAGUCUUGGCGUGCACAUCACUUGGAGAUCCUAUCGAAAGCCCAUACGAUCGGCGGCAUGGAUGAGUUCUCCUUUGAUGUGGUAAAGUCCAAAGAGGCUGAUCUAGCCUUCGAGCUUGAAUGCUCCAACUUCAAGUGGAGAUGGGAGACUGUCUUCACUGGCUACAAGUCGUCGGCGGACCUCUUGUCCAAACACCUGAUUAUGCCUCUCAUCAGCGUCAACCAUCUCGCCUUCUCAUCUUUGGAGCCUCUUUCUGAAGCGUCAGCAAGCGAUGUGGAGAAGGCCGUAGACAAGGUCGGCCGUACGGCACGCCGCUCUGUCGACACCCACAUCAAGAAUACUCUUUCCAAGCCCCGCAUCGCGACUGCUCUUCGGCGCAUGACCGCCAUGUUCAACUUCGUGCCGGAUCUUCCCGGCGUUAGCACCGUAGCCGACACACCGGAUCUCACCGUCGAACUUGUCAAGCCGCGCACGAAGGCGUCGACCUUUAAUAUCAAGCCGCCUACAAGCCCCAUGCAGAUGCGUUCUCCAAGCUCUGCUGCUCACAAGGGAGAUCUGGAACAUCCAAAGAUGGACGUCGACUCUUUCGUUGACGAGACGCCAACCACUGCACCUGAGCAGCCCGAGGCAGCCGGUUCGGCAACCGAGUCCGAAGAUGACGCACCUCUGCCCCCGCAGGCGAAAACCAGUCACGAGAAACCUACCAGCCCGACCAAGCCGCCAAACAGCCGUGCGUUAUCUUCCACCCCCGCCGAAUCGUCCCGCCCUUCCCGGCAGGUGUCCGCGCCUCGCUCGCCGUCUCCUGCUCCAAAAUCGAAGGGCAAAACCAAAGCCACCGAUUCCUCCACGGAAUCUGACGAGAGCUCGAAAGUGCCACCCAAGAAGACUCUCAAGAAGAAGAAGGUGGUUACUAGCGAUGAUGACGACGAUAGCGACAACGUCGCGGCACCAAAGAAGCCCUCCGGUGGUGCACCCGUGCGACGAGGCGCCCGUCAGCCCAUCAAGCGGGGUGGUAAACGCUUUUAGCUCCCUUUCUCGCUUUGCUUCAAUCGGCGGCAUCAAGCGUGAAGGCCGCCGAGAAGCACAGCGGUCAGGUGUCCCGCGCUCGAGCUGUUAUGAUCUGCAGAAGCCCGGUCAACUGACGCAUCACAGGUUCUGCACACAAUUGUCGAACGCGGUAUCAGGGCAGCGUACAUGCCACGAAGACCCGCACGUUGUUGUUCUAUUUCCCGGAACCGGGUUCGCACCAGCACGCUACGCUCCGAUCAUCGAUCCGGGAUCGGCUUUUUGUUAUCAGACGCUUGCUUUCGCCUCGAUUGUAAUAUCUAAUAUAUAUCAAUGACCUCGACCGCUCAUUUCAGACAUUCAGGAAUCAGGAUACGCAUGGUUUCAUUAAUGGAUGUAAAAUGAGCAGUAAUACGGUGAAAUUCA